AUGUCUUCCAAUCAGCACUCAAGAGAGGACCUUGAUGCCAGGGCAAGGAAAGGAGAGACAGUUAUCCCUGGAGGCACUGGGGGAAAAAGCCUUGAAGCCCAAGAACACCUUGCUGAAGGGAGGAGCCGUGGAGGACAGAUAAGAAAGGAACAGCUGGGGACAGAGGGGUACCAGGAAAUGGGACGCAAGGGUGGGCUUAGCACCACGGACGAGUCUGGUGGAGAACGCGGAGAGAACGAGGGUAUCCCUGCCAAUGAGUCCAAGUUCAAGACCAAGAGCAAGAGCUAA